CAUGUGGUCCAUGCCUCCGUUCUUCUUCAGGAUCCUCUAGCUCAGAAGACAAAUAUCAGUCGUUGAGAACUCACAGGAUGGCCACUAGAGAUUUGGUACUAGGAACGAUCUUCUCAUUACAGACUACAUUUGGAAUCCUGGGGAAUUUCUCUCUUCUUUGCUUUUAUCUCUUCCUUUAUUUCGGUGAGUCUAGGCUAAGAUCAACAGAUUUGAUUGUAAAGAACCUGAUUAUAGCCAACUUGUUGGUUCUAUUCUCUAGUGGAAUCCCCUAUACAAUGUCAUCUUUUGGGUUGUAUCAGGUCUUCAAUGAUUUUGGAUGCAGAUUUUUUUUCUAUGUUCGUGCAGUGGGCAGAGGUGUGUCCAUUGGCACCAGCUGUCUCUUGAGUGUAGUCCAGGCCAUCAUGAUCAGCCCCAGAAACUCCAGGUGGGCAGAGCUUAAAGUGAAAAUUCUCAAGUGCAUUGUCCCUUCAAUUUUCCUGUGCUGGAUCCUGUACAUGCUGGUAAAUGUCAUUUUUCCUAUGUUUCUGACAAACAAUUGGAGCAGCACAAACACCACAAACCAAAAAGCAUUUGGAGAGUGUUCUUCUGUUCGUCAUGACCAAACCAGAGACUCAUUAUAUGCAGCAUUGCUGUCAAUCCCUGAUGUUUUCUGUUUGGUGCUCAUGCUCUGGGCCAGCGUCGCUAUGGUUUUCAUCCUGUACAGGCACAAGCAAAGGGUCCAACACAUUCAUAGGACCAACAUCUCCUCCAGAUCCUCCCCUGAGUCCAGAGCCACCAAAACCAUCCUUCUCCUGGCGAGCACUUUUGUCUAUUUUUACACCAUUUCCUCACUCUUUCACGUAUGUUUGGCUGUUUUUAACAAUCCUAAUUGGUUUCUCGUGAAGAUUAAUUCAGUAAUUACUCUGUGUUUCCCAACUGUCAGCCCCUUUCUGCUCAUGAGCCGUGACUCCAGUGUAUCCAGGUUCUGCUUUGCCUGGAUAAGGAACACAAAAUCCCCUAAUCCAAUGAGAAAUCUGUGA